AUGAAGAGAGGAAAAUUAUCGCCUGCCUCCUGCAUCCUAAUGCAGCUUCUCUUUGGAAUCCUGGGACCUGCCUCUGAAACUACCACAGGCUCUGAGACUACCUCAGUCUCCUGUACAGUUUCUGAAACCAUGAAGUCCUUCACUACACUGUCUGUGCCAAUGAUGGCCUGCACCCCAGCCUCUGAGACUACCGUGUCCUCCAUAAUAACCUCUGUGCCUACCAUGGUCUACAACUCAGGCUCAAAGAUUACAACACCCUCUGAGACCAUCAUGGCCUCUACCACCACCUCUGAGACUACAAUACCUGCCAACACAGCCUCUGAUAUCAGUACAGUUUCCACCAAAGCCCUUGUGACAAUUUUGAAGUCUGUGCCUUCUGCAGUCACCCCAAUAACUGCUGACACCACAGCAUCUCUGUCCUUCACAGCCUCUGAGAGCACUGCUCCCACCGUGAUGACAUCUGUGCCCACCACAGUCUUCACUACAACCUCUGAAAUCAUCACAGGCUCUGAGAUCACCAUGUCCACAGAGGCCUCUUCCCUUGCCUCUGAAAUCUCCAUAAGCAUGGACACCACCAUAGCUUCUACUAUAGCUCCUGAGAUCAUCACACCUUCCACUGCAAUAUCUGUGCCCACCACAGCCCUCAGCAUAGCCUCUGAAGUCACCAUAAGUUCUUCAACUACCCUAGUCUCUCAAAUAACUUCUGAGGCCCUCAGGUCCACCAUUGCAGCAUCUGUGUCAAUGAUACCCUCUAUCCCAGACUUUGAGGCUUCUGGGGCCUCUACCAAGGUCUCUGAGACCACCACAGCCUCCACAAUUACAUCUCUGCCCACCACAGGCUCUAAGAAUACAGCUUUUGGGACUACCAUGGCCUCCCCCACCACUUCUGAGACCACCAUGGCAUCUACCACCACUGCUGAUACCACUAAGGUCCCCACAGUCUCCACUAGUGUCUCUGGACCUUUCAUGGUCUCUUCUAUCACCUUGGUGCCCACCAAGGUCACUGACUUUUCUACUCAGACCAUCACCAACACAGCUUUAUCGGGUGUAACACCCAGUGCGUUUAGCACAUCAGGCACAACUUCUGGUGGGACCAGUAUAACCUCCGGCACUAAAUCCAGCACAGCCUCUGGUGGAACCAGUACAAUCUCCAACACUGGAUCUAGUGUGAUUUCUAGUGGAACAAGUAUAGCCUCUAGUACUGUAUCCAGCACAACCUCUGGAGGGAACAGCACAGUCGCUAAUACUGGAUCGAGCACAACAUCUGGUGGGACCAGUAUGGUCUUCAACACUGGAUCUAGUGUGACUUCUAGUGGAACCAGUAUAGCCUCCAGUACUAGAUCCAGCACAACCUCUGGAGGGACCAGCAUAGCUGUCAAUACUGGAUCCAGCACAACAUCUGAUGGGACCAGUACAGCUUCCAACACUGAAUCCAGUGUGACCUCCAGUGGUUCCAGCACAACCUCCAAUACUGAAUCUAGCACAACCUCUGGAGGGACCAGCACACCUGUCAACACUGGAUCCAUCACAACAUCUGGUGGGACCAGUACAGCCUCCAGCACUGAGUCCAGUGUGACCUACAGUAGUUCCAGCACAACCUCCAAUACCGAAACUAGCACACCCUCUGUAGGGACCAGCAUACCUGUCAACACUGGAUCCAGCACAACCUCUGGCAGAACUAGUACAACCUCCCAAACUAGACCCAGUGUGACUUCCAGUGGGUCUGGCAUAAACUCCAAUACUGAAUCUAGCACAACCUCCAGAGGGAGUAGUACACCUGUUAACAGUGGAUCCAGUGAAGCCUCAGGUGGGACCAAUAUAGCCUCCAACACUGGAUCCAGCACAACUUCUGGUGGGACCAGCAUGCCUGCCAAUACUGGAUCCAGUACAACCUCCAGUGGGAUAAGCACAGCUGCCAGUCCUGGAUCCGGUGAGAUCUCCAGCAGGACCAGUGUAGCCUCCAACACUGGAUCUAGUGUGACUUCCAGUGGGACCAGCACAGCUGCCAACAUUGUAUCCAGUGCAACCACAGGAAGCUCUGGCACACAUUCUCCAACUGGAACACAUACAACUUCCAAUGGCACGAGUGCUACAACUCCAGUGAAUGAAGUGACACCCAGUGGGUCCCUGAAACCAUGGGAAAUCUUCCUCAUUACUCUGGUCUCUGUUGUAGUGGCUGUGGGAUUCUUUGCUGGGCUCUUCCUCUGUGUGAGAUAUUCCCUGUCUCUGAGAAACGUCUUUGACACAGCUGUCUACCGUCCCCAUGGCCCCAACCUUGGCAUGGACCCUGAAGGGUAUCACGGAGUCCACUACAGCUCUACCUCUGAAACCACCACAGGCUCUGAGACUACCUCAGUCUUCCAUACAGUUUCUGAAACCAUGAAGUCCUUCACUACACUGUCUGUGCCAAUGAUGGCCUGUACCCCAGCCUCUGAGACUACCGUGUCCUCCAUAAUAACCUCUGUGCCUACCAUGGACUACAACUCAGGCUCAAAGAUUACAACAGCCUCUGAGACCAUCAUGGCCUCUACCACCACCUCUGAGACUACAAUACCUGCCAACACAGCCUCUGGUAUCAGUACAGUUUCCACCAAAGCCCUUGUGACAAUUUUGAAGUCUAUGCCUUCUGCAGUCACCCCAAUAACUGCUGACACCACAGCAUCUCUGUCCUUCACAGCCUCUGAGAGCACUGCUCCCACCGUGAUGACAUCUGUGCCCACCACAGUCUUCACUACAACCUCUGAAAUCAUCACAGGCUCUGAGAUCACCAUGUCCACAGAGGCCUCUUCCCUUGCCUCUGAAAUCUCCAUAAGCGUGGACACCACCAUAGCUUCUACUAUAGCUCCUGAGAUCAUCACACCUUCCACUACAAUAUCUGUGCCCACCACAGCCCUCAGCAUAGCCUCUGAAGUCACCAUAAGUUCUUCAACUACCCUAGUCUCUCAAAUAACUUCUGAGGCCCUCAGGUCCACCAUUGCAGCAUCUGUGUCAAUGAUACCCUCUAUCCCAGACUUUGAGGCUUCUGGGGCCUCUACCAAGGUCUCUGAGACCACCACAGCCUCCACAAUUACAUCUCUGCCCACCACAGACUCUAAGAACACAGCUUUUGGGACUACCAUGGCCUCCCCCACCACUUCUGAGACCACCAUGGCAUCUACCACCCCUGCUGAUACCACUAAGGCCACCACUGAUCUCUCUGACAGCAAUUCUGGCAACACCGAAGCUUCCACCUCACCUUUUGGACCUACCACAGCCUCAGAGGUCACCACACCUUUUAUUUUGGCCUUAUCACCUACCUUGGCCUUUACCUCUGCCUCUGAGGUCCCCACAGUCUCCACUAGUGUCUCUGGACCUUUCAUGGUCUCUUCUAUCACCUUGGUGCCCACCAAGGUCACUGACUUUUCUACUCAGACCAUCACCAACACAGCUUUAUCGGGCCCAGUCACCACAGGCACAAACACAGUUACCAAGAGUCAAAUGCCAACAAAUGAUAGUACAAGUGGAUAUUUGCACCCCUGGGGCAUCAUCCUCAUCUCUCUGUCUGGAGUCUUAGCGGCUAUUGGACUGUUAGUGGGACUGAGUUUUGGGCUGAGGGACUUUUACUUCCCCCUGAUAAAUAGUGGUACUUACUACCUUCAUGACUACAGCCUUGACCUUGGUCUGGACCUGGAUUAUUCAGAACUGGGCUCUGGCAUGUUCCACAGCCUGGAAAAUGAAUUGGUCCAUGGAGGAGCACAUGGCUUUGGACACAGAGUGGGCCAUGGUAUCAACCAUAAAUGGAGCCAUAGCUGUCAGAGUGGUUAUGGCAUGAAUCAUGACAGAAGUUAUGGACACAAAGAAGCCAUUACAAUAGCCAUUACCACAGAGGAGGCCACUGAGGAAGCCAUGAAGUGGGCCACAAAGGAAGAUACCAUGGAAGCCAUAGCAGGACAAGAUGAUCAUGGCCAUAAACUGGAUAAUAUAGGAAAAUAUGGAAAACGAAAAGUUGAGAGGGUGUCAUGGGGGGAAAAAUGA